UAGAUUACAUAGAAUCUUCAAUUCAUACAAAUCAUUCUGCAGAAAUGGAAACUUUUGGCAUCCUCAAGUUUGCAGUUCUUUGCAGUACUACACUAGUACUGUGGCUUUCUUGGUUGGGGUGGAAAAUCCUGAACUGGGCAUGGUUGAGGCCAAAGAAGCUGGAGAAAUGCCUGAGAGAACAAGGGCUCAAUGGAAAUCCUUACAGGUUAUUGUUUGGCGACACAAAGGAGAUGGAGACAUUACCUCGAAGAAUCCAUGUCAAAGCCGAUCAAUCUAACCAAUGAUAUCAUCCCAAGAAUCGUGCCAUUUUUUCACCAAACCAUACAAAAUAAAGGCAAAAACUGUUUUGUAUGGUUUGGUCCAACUCCAGCAGUGAUUUUUGGUGACCCUGAACUAGUAAAGGAAGUUCUGACAAGACAUACUAUUUAUCAGAAACCUCAAGGGAGUCCACUGUCUAGGCUUCUUACUUUAGGAAUUGGGAGUUUGGAAGAAGCCAAAUGGGCAAAGCAUCGGAAAAUUUUGAAUCCUGCAUUUCAUGUAGAGAAAUUGAAGCUUAUGACAACAGCAUUUCACACAAGCUGUAUUGAGAUGUUGAGUGACUGGGAGGAAAUCGUCUUGAAAACGAAUGGAUCAGGUGAAGUUGAUGUGUGGCCUGAUCUCGAAAAGAUGAUGAGUGAUGUGAUCUCAAGGACAGCAUUUGGCAGCAACUAUGAAGAAGGUCGAAAAAUAUUCGAGCUUCAAGCCGAACAAUCGAAGCAUUUUGAGCAAGUACUGCAAGAAUUGUACUUACCCGGUUGGAGGUAACAUCAUGUUCAAUUUAUCCAAGUAACUGAUUGAAGCAUUUUGUGCCAGCGUGUGAGGAAGGAACCCGC